GUGACUGUCGCGUGUAAGACAAUGCAUAUGCUGCUUGUUGUGUCUAUGAUAACCCAGCUAUUGUCAGAUUAAUGCAUGCAGGAGAUAGUUGUGUUCCCAACAAUGCAUGUGUCGUAUGCAUCAGGCGUGUUCACCAUGUCUCUGUCUGCAGAAUAUCACUGAGCCGAAUCUGCAACCGUGCUGUGCCGAAGUGAGCCUGCAGGCGGCGAUGUCUGACCACAGCAGCAGCACAGGCAGCAGCGCGUCCUCCACCAACAGCUGGACGCUCCUCUCCCCCGAGGAUGCUGCUGUUGAGAAUGUCGGGCCAGUGGACGACGGCACCGAGAGCCUGGGCGACGUCGCCAGUCUGUCCGAGGAGCUGGCAGGAGCCGCUGUGGAGUUCCGACCAAUUGACAUUCUGGUCGAGACUGUCCUGUCAGAGGAAGGCCAUCAGGUUUGUCAGGAGACGUCUCCAGAGUCCAGUGAAGGUCCCAUCCCUUCUAGUCCGGUCCAGAUGAGUCCUCUUCCACACGACCCCCUGGACCCCCUCCCAGACCUCGACAUGGAGAGCCAGGCUCCAGUUAUUCAUGAGAUUGACACCAGCUCGCCCUGCAGUGACAAUGAACUCCUCGGAGCCACACCCUUUGUCACCAGCAUGGAUAUGGAGGCUCAACUUGAUAUUAUUGCUGCUGAACUACCCCCAUCUGAGUUUGAGGAGUCCUGCUCUGCUGCCGUGACGGAUCUCCCCGUCUCUGCAAACCCAGCGUUUGACACGCCUGCUGAUGUAGAGCAGGAUCUUGUGAGCCCCGCUGAGGAGAGUCCGGACUUCGAAGUUGAACCUGAGGUUAAAGUUGCCACAGAGACCAUCACAGCCAUCAAUCCUCCCUCUCAUGUCCAUGCUGAUGUUAGCUUUGCUCCAGUAAGCACGGAGCUGCCAAGCCCUGCCCCAGAGAGCCUGGUGCCAGAGGACACCAUCGAUGAAAGUCCUGCACCAGAGACUGUUGGUUCUGUAGAGGCAGAGGAGCCCGUCGAUGAAAGUCCUGCACCAGAGACUGUUGGUUCAGUGGAGGAAGAGGAGGAGGCCGCUGUAGAGGAAGAGGCAACAGAGACGUGGGAGACAGGGGAGCAGGAGGGAGGAGAAGAAGAGGAAGAAGAUGAGCCGUCCACUAGUUUUGGCGACACAAGCAGCUUCGAUGAUGGCGUGAGGAGGAGGAACAUCCCGACGUUUGAGGGGCCGAGGUCAAGAACGUCAGACGAGGACGACGAGGACGAGGAAGUGGAGUUCAAGCUGCCUGUGAAGGAGGAGAAGCCAUGGUUGUCCAUGAACAAGUGCAUUGUGGGAGCCCUGAUCCUGCUCUUUUUAGGUUCCCUCUUCCUCUCAGGUUUGCCCUCUGACCUGGAUUAUGGUGACUUUGACGCCUCUGACCUGAGCGAUGGAGAACAAAGCCAGGACUGGCUUAGCGGUGAUCCACAGGAUAUGAAAGAGUUAUUGGAUAAACUGACACAGGAAAACCAACACAUUGCUCUGCUAGAGGCUCAACUGCAGUCUCAGAAAGACGAAAUGGACUCGGCACUUAAAUCAGUGUCAGAAAGCGGAGAUGAGCAAGGUAAAGCAAAUCUGGAACAAGAAAAUGCAAAUUUGAAGGAGGAGCUGUCGUCUCUGCCAGAACUGAAGAAAGAGCUGGAGAGUCUGAGGUCCAGAGUGACAGAACUCAACCAGCUCACAGUUGAUCAAAAAAUGCCUCCAGCGACUCCUGGUCCAUCUCCUCAGCCCGGUGUCAAAGAUGGUCAGAGUGACCGGAAAGCAGCUGAGCCCGAGAGGAGAAAGGAAAAGAACGAGGGAGGCAAGCUGAAGCAGGAACUCCAGAGACAGAAGGUGCUUUUGGAGGAGAGCAGGAAGAGACUGGAGGGGAUGAAAAAACAUGGCGGCAGCAGGAAGCGCGUCACCGACAGUUUGGAGGAGAUCCAGAAGAAGCUCUCUGAACAAGUCGAGAGGUGGGGGAAGAAGAAGCCACAGGAUUCCAAAUGGAAAGGGAAAAAAGGUAAAAACAUCGAGCGGGACCACUGGAAGAAGGAAGAAAAGAAGGAGUGGAGAGGAGAGAAAGAGUGGAAGCACGGCAAAGAGGGCGGAUGGAAGGAGAAAGACGAGAAGAGGAAGGAGGAGUGGAAGCCUCAGAAGCAAAACUCGCACAAAGAGGCCUGGAGGAAGCACCAGGACGAGUGGGAGAAGAAGAAGGAAGAGCGCAGAGUGGACAGAGAAGACAGGAGGAAGGAGAAGCCGUGGCACACCCAGCCGAGUAAAAAAUCCCACAACCAUAACCACCAUAAUCCUCAGCAUCAGCAUCAACAGCCCCCCCAGACUCACCAGUACAACCAAAACGAAUUCUGGAGAGACCAGGAGCAGAAGCUCAGACGAAACUUCAAACCCCAGCUGGGCUGCACCUCUGUGGACAACUGCGCCAGCAAGGAGGGGCUCUACGCCGUGGAGCUGCCCGAGUUCGAGGAACUGCUGGAGGGCUACUUGAGCAAGCUCGAAGAGUCUGUGCCCGAGAACAAGGACAAGAUUCGGAAGCUGACCGCGGAGUUCUUCGAGGACGGCGUGUUUGUCCACGACAGGGUUCGUUUCAGCGACUUCGCUGAGGACGUAGCGGACGUUCUGGAGGACAUGGUGGACGUCCUGGAAGGCGGCGGCCAGAAGGACAAUGACUCCUUGGAGGAGGAGAUGGAGGAGUUUGAACGAGAAGCCCUCUGGAAGUUUGCCGCCACAGCUUGAAUUGAGUGUCGUUUGGGAAAAGAACACUAGGAUGCAGCACAAGUGGUGGUUUGGUAGGACUUCUCUCGCCUGCCCUCUCCUCUUCAGAGCUGUAAUUGUAGUAGCUUCUGGCGUAGAGUGGGUGUGCCUCUCAUAAAUGUGACCCUCCGAGUCUUUAAUUAUACGGUAGACUCAAACGUGUCAUUCUGGACUUAGGUGUUGUCAGCUACCUCCGUCAGGUCUUGCUUUCCUAAGUCUUUCAGUCACGUGUUGUGUGGGUUUUCCUCUGCUAUAUAGUGUUUUCUCAGUAACUAGUGCAUGUUGCAGCUCAUAAUGUAAAUUCAAACUGAAAAUAUUCACAUCAGACUAAAACCUAGGGUUGAAAGGAGAUGGUAUUUGCAAUUAAUUCUGUUCAGCACCAGUGGAAAAGGGUUGAAUCUAUUCAUGCAGUUCAUAUCAUAUUAGAUGAGUUGUCAAGAACAGAAGGUCGUGUUAAAUUGACCCUGAAAUGUGACGUUCUCUCCCUUAUCAAGUGAUCUCUGCUCCAAACGGGUUCAAACAUAGGCUCGGAGGUUUUGUGUUGAUACUUUCUGUGUGUAGUCAAGUUGGGCGUAACUGUUUGAUCCCAGAGGAUAAGAUCCCGGUUCUCUCAGUGAUAGGAAUAAGAUCAAGUCAGACCUGUUUUGUGAGAGUAGCAGACAGCACACAGACACACAGACACACAGACACACAGACACACAGACACACAGACACACAGACACACACACACACACACACACACACACACACACACACACACACACACACAUACACACACACACACACACAUACAAAGAGCACUGUUUUAGAGCCCCAAGUGUUUGCCCUCUAGAUUUUGUGGAGGUUUUUCCAACUUCCAACUGCCAGUUGACAGCAGAUGUGUGGGAAAACCAGGAACCAGUUUGUGAAGCUGCUCGAGGAAAACAGCAAUAGGACAAACCGAUUUAGAAAUGUACACCCACGGGUGAAGUGAAGUCUGCUUAACCGCUUGAGCACUUUUCCCAAACAUUCAUAUUUACAGCUACGUUUUUUAUUUCUCACGAUUUACAUUUCAUAUACUUGUUUUCAUUUAGUCCACAGGUUUUCUUUAAUACUCUCUUUGCAAUGUAGCCAUGAGGACGUCCAUCCCAAGAUCUGUUACAGUAUUUUAAUUUCCUUUUCCUAUGUUUGUUGAUGCAAAUUGCCAUUUAGUCAAAAGAAAAUGAAGGAAGCUGCUACAUUUUAUUUUGAAUGAGUUGAAUAAACGUGGCAAAGGUAGAAGAAUGGUACACAACAUUGUCUAUAAGGUAUCGUAGCAUUAUGCUUUAACAGAAAUAUUUCUUUUUCUUUCGUAGUAAUGUUUGAUUUCCUGAAAGUUUCCCUCUUGAGUGGGAUGUGAAGUGAAAAGCGACAGAUUGUGAUUGUUAUGUCUAAUUUCUCGGCUAUUUUUUUAGAUUAAAGGAAGCUUUGAAGAGUAAAAUGUUUAUUUAUUCUGUCAACUACACUGCAACACUUUUCCUUAUUCGACAGAAUCGCCACACUCUGUUGCAGAUCACAAACUUUUAAUGUGAAAAUGUUGACGUUUUCCUUUUAGUUUACAGAAGUUUAGUUUGCCAGCUACUGCGUAUGUGCCUUUAUCAUCACAAAUAAGGUUAGACUGAAAAGGGGCUUUGAUUUAUUUUUGCUUCUGCGAGGAUGAGAAGAAAACGGGUUUACACUACUUGCAAUUAAGGGCAGAGAAUGAAUGUCAAAGGCUUUAUUUAUGAUGUGUUGAACAGAUUUUUAUUUUAUCUGCUGUGAGGAGUGUUUUUUUUUUUUUUUUAGACCGAAAGGGAUCAAGAGAAAGUUUAACCAGAACAGAUGAAUCCUUUAAUGAAACACAUUUAUGAAAGCAAUAUUUAAGACGUAUGUUUGUCUUUGUGGGACAACAGUAGGUCUGUGUGUUUACUGACAAUGUGGUCCAUGAUGUGCACGUUAUUGAUCACUGGACAGAUGUAUUGUUCAAUUUGGAUCAUUUCUAGUUUUUCCUCAUCAUGAGUCUUGUCCUCUUUUAGGAAGUCAGUGUUAAGUUCAAUAAAAAAAAAUCACCAUCA